GGAACGGAAGCGGAAGCGGAAGCGGAAACGGUUCCGCCGGCGCCUUGGGGCCAUGUCGGAGUCGGCCUACCUCCCCGUGGGGUCGGGGGCCCUGGGCCCGCAGCAGAACUUCCUCUCCUUACAGGACAUCCUCCUGUCGCAGGAGAAGCUGCCCGCCCGCACCGAGGCCCCCCUGCCCCGCCUGGGGGCCUUCUUCCAGGAGCGGAGCGGAGCCGCCGAAGCCGACGGUGGCAUCCCCGAGGGCUCAAAACUAGAAAUACCCCUGUGGCUGGCGAAAGGACUCUAUGACAACAAAAGGAGGAUUCUUUCGGUGGAGCUGCCCAAGACGUACAAGGAAGGCUGGAGGACCGUUUUUAGUGCUGACGCCAACGUCGUCGACCUGCAUAAAAUGGGGCCCCACUACUACGGAUUUGGCUCCCAGCUCCUGCAUUUCGACAGUUCGGAAAAUACAAAGAUAUCUCAGACCUUACUGCAGACAUUUAUUGGACGUUUCCGGCGCAUCAUGGAUUCUUCCCAGAAUGCGUACAAUGAAGACACUUCGGCCCUGGUAGCUCGACUCGAUGAGUUGGAACGGGGCUUGUUUCAGACGGGCCAGAAAGGACUGAAUGACUUCCAGUGCUGGGAGAAGGGACAGGCCUCGCAAAUCACGGCUUCCAGCCUGGUCCAGAAUUAUAAGAAGAGAAAAUUCAACGCCAUGGAAAGCUGAAAGCGUGAAGGACGUGAAAUUACUCUAGGGGUUGUUUUAGAUCGACACUGAGACUUUCCCCAUUUUACGAUUGUUCCCCUGACUCAAUUUCUCAGAUGGCGAUAUACAAUUAAGGCAAAAUGGGUUUUAGGAGAGGAGUAUUUAGCCAUUGUGGCAAGCAUCACUGGCCUGAUUUUCAGCAUAAGUGUCUUUGUCUCAGGAACUUGGAUAGUCAUUUGGACUCCACGGCUGAAGGAAGACAAUAGGCUUUCCUAAAGAGCUCCAUUAAUAUUUAAAACUGCUUACCAUUUCAGUGGCUUUGGAACUACGUGAGUUUUGUUGUUGUUUUUUUCUAGAUACAAAUUAUAAUGUCCUGUGUUUGGGUGCGGGGAGUUCUGAACUUGCUUCACAUUGUUAUCCCCAGUUGAUUUUCUUUUUUUCCCCUCUUACAUAAAAGCAGGCUGUAUCGCAGUGCAACUGUACCUUCAUUCCUUGUAACUGUAUCUUCAUUCCUGCCCCCUUGAUAAAUGCUUCCGAUCGCUACCUCCCCUGAUUGAGAGUGAAGCAAGAAAGAGAAAAAGUUUCUUUUUGAGGUGAGUCCUUCCACGCUGAACAAAUGGACAGGUUGUGAACUGGACACCAUCCAGUGGAAGGGAACUAUCAAAACUGGACUCAAAGUCCGAAAAGGCCUUGGGGGGGUCAAGUUCCCUUAAAGAUUUUCCAUCCCACUGGAGAAAACUCUCACGGAGUUAGUGGCAUUGCAAAGUAAUUAUUUGAAAGAACAGCCUUUACUGCAACAGGAAUAACAAAGCUGAACACAAUGAAAUCUAAUUAAGACACUUAACACUGCAAAUUAAAAUAGGGGAAGAGCCCGUAUUUCUCUGCAGAUGUCGGCAAUGAAAAUACAAUUGCAUCUAACUGCAAUGGGGCAGUCUGUGUGGAGUAAGGACGGAAACUUUGGAGGCUGUUGAGGAGGAAACCAAGGGAUCGAGUGAGAAAUCCUAACCAGGGAGCAGACUGGAGUGUUGUCAAGGACACUCAUUUCCGCCCACCCAAACGAGAAAAACAGUCUCCAGGAGUUGAAGAUUAUAGCGUGAUUCGAGUGUACAGAUAAUAAACUGUUUCUGUCCUAAAUUAUACUGUCACAGGGAUGCUUUGAAGACACCUAUUUUAAGACAAAGUUGAUAUUUUCUGCCUUCAUUUCAGUGCCAAGUAAACGGUCAACUUUGCACGUGAAUGAAUCCUGCACGUAGAUUAUUUCUGUAAUUUCAGCUCUGCUGAUGAUCUGGCUUAGCUGUCAGAGUGUUUUGCCUCUCCCCAUAUUGGCCAAAUAAAUUUAAAUUUUUGCAGCUGUUGAUCUCCUUGCCCAAUACUUAGGAUUAUGCAGGUUCCCUUUUAAAACAAAAAAUCCCUCCAGUAUUAAAGAGCCCCUGAAAAUGUAAUUUUGUUAGCUUCCAAUGAUCUUGUAGCUGUUUCAGCAGGAUGCAUAAUUCUCAGAGUGAACAAACAAUGUUGUUUCUGCAUUACUCCUUCUACCAAUACAGUAAUAGUAACCCAGCCUUGGCUGCAAGAAUUACUUUUCCUUUUGAGAAAAUAAUAUUUUCAGUCCAAUACUGGAACUAAGUGGGGGAGGGUAUUUUUUCUGUUUGAAAUAAAAGUUUGUAGUCUUGUUUAUAA